CUGAUAAGUCACACCACACACACCACACACACACACACACACACACACACACACACACACUGCACAAUAGACAUGAGGUCAUUGCUCUGAGCCCUGGUAAAGUCCAGCGAGCACAGGAACGAUCCGCACGUCGCAGUGUGUGACUGACGGUUAGCCGUGUGUGAGUCACUGUAAACACCGACUAAGACAAACAGGUUAGUGAUUGUUUGCACAGACAGCGCGCGCACACACACACACACACACACACACACACACACACACACACGAGUUUCAUUCAAGUCACGGUGCAAGUCGUAACUAGUCUGUGUUUGCGCUGUAACCUCACACCUGAUCAUCUUGUCUUAGAGGAAAACGAGUUUAGUAAUCAGUGACACACUUCAUAAUGCUCUCGUUCACCUUAAAUUUAGAUUUCAGCUCUGUGUGUGUGUGUGUGUGUGUGUGUGUGUGUGUGUGUGUUUAUACGCUGUGAGUCUUCAUCCAGAGUUGGACACACUCCAAGAACAGCUCACUGAGUGAUCUAAUAAUCAUUACUCUUAUGAAAUAAUUUACCUUUUUAUACUAGGACGCCGUUAACAAAUGUGUGAAAGUGCAACACCGACAUUCCGUAAUGUCUUUUCCGGAAUUUCGUGUUUAAAUCCUCCGUGCCGUGCCGACUGCGACGGUCAGAUGUUCGACCUUCGCUUAUUUUCUUUUUCAGUCAUUCCCUCGGGUUAGCCUUCAGGUUAUCAUUCGAGCUUCGCGAAAGUUAACAAAAAGUUGGUUAACGCUAGUUUGUUUGAUUGAUUAAGUCCACGUUUGUAGGUUAUAUACACAUCUGUUAAUGGAUACGUAAGGAAUAAAACACUCAGUGCUGUGCUGUUAUAGGAAAGUAAUCAACGAUGGGUUGAUGUGAUGAAGUGGAGUUGCUGUUACGUGGCUCGAGCUGUAGUUCAGCUGUCAUGUGAACGACGGGUUUAUGUUCACACGCUUGUUUUAAUACGUAAUCGUUUCUAUAGUAACAGCUCGUACACAGAGACUUGGACAGCAGAAGCUCCACAUAAUCUAAGACUUUAAUAAAGAAAAGUGUAUAGUUGCUGAUGUGGAGCAGAGCGUGUGACAGCUGCUUGAGGAAAUUCCUGACCGGUUUCACUUUGGCAUGACGGGAAUUUUUGUUAUAAUUCACUCUCAGAACUGAUGGAGAAGGACCACUAAUCACUUUGCCGUGUUGCCACGCGGCUUGAUUUCCGUUAGAAAGAGACCACUGCUGACGUUGAUCCCCAUCACCUCGUGCUAUCUUGGGUUGUCCCAGGCCUACUAGCUAAGUGGCAGCGCAUGAUCUCCAGAGAUUCCGAGUAUUCCGCAAACAUGCUCCAGUGCUGAGCUCUGUCUCUUGACUUCACCAUGACCAGCCUGAAGCGUUCGCAGACCGAGCGCUCUGUGGGGGGCUCUGUACCCGCCACAGAUGAGUUUUACACCCGCCGCCUGCGCUUGCCCAAUGGAGGGGCGCCUCCUCCACGCAGCGAGAGCACCCACCUGUCCGGAGGCACACCAGGAGUGCCCAAGAUGGGAGUCCGGGCACGGGUAGCUGACUGGCCUCCGAGGAAAGAUGGUGGUGGUGGUGGUGGUGGUGGUAGUGGUAGUGGUGGAAGUGGCAGUAGCAGUGGGAGUGGCAGUGGAGGAGGAGGAGGAGGCGGUGUGUGGCACAUUACAGUGGAGACCGACUCACCAUCGACUACUUCUGGGAGCACCCAGAGCAACCUUUCGGCUAAGCUUGGUCACUUGAUCAGCCCACAGGAUUCGUCCAUGCUGCGCAAUAUUCAGAAUACGCUAAAGAAUAAGAUCCAGAGCAAGGGCAAAGACAACCGCUUCCUAUCCCCAGAUGGCUACUUGGGCUCACCACGCAAGGGCAUGCGUCGCAUUCGGCAGCGCAGCAACAGCGAUAUUACCAUCAGUGAGCUGGACGGAGAUGGCAACGAGGGUUGGUCCUUUUCUGGCUGGACACCAAUGCACCGCGAGUACGGCAGUACCUCCUCCAUCGACAAGCAUGGCGUCUCCGGAGAAAGCUUCUUUGACAUGCUCAAAGCCUACCAGACUGAUGACCCCGAUCAGCGUAGCCCUGCUCCUGAGAAAUUAAGCGAACUGCUUACUGUGGCACACAAGCAGACCGCCCUCGACCUGCCAGACGGCCCACUGGGACCCCCACGAGGUAGCCCUGCAAGUCGCCUCAAGGAAAGAGAAAAGCACCUGAAACGGCGUUCCAAGUCUGAAACUGGAGGCGAGUCCAUAUUCCGCAAGUUACGAAGCGUGAAGGCAGAAGGUGACUCCUCUCGCGCAGGUUCGGAUGCGGAAGAUGGGAAGUCUGAGGAUACAGGUCCUCCUCCAAAACCCUGGGUCUGUCAGAAGGGUUUCGCCCAUUAUGAUGUCCAGAGCAUUCUGUUUGACUUGAAUGAAGUAGUGCAAAACCGACAGAGUGCUUCCAAAAGGAAGAACACCACCACCGGAGCCUCUGCCGCCGCCGCCGCUUCAGCCUCCACCUCCUCCUCCUUAUCGUCCACCCAGAGCGGGGCCUAUGGCUCCCCCUGCGGCAGCCAAGAAGAGCUCAACGCCAAGGACGGACCAGCGCUGGACCCCGGUGACGAUAAAAGCAACGAUCUGGUCCUCAGCUGCCCCUGCUUUCGUAAUGAGAUAGGAGGCGAAGGUGAGAGGAACAUCAGCCCUUCGAAACAGGGCAGCAUCGGCAGUAGAUCGGCUAAUUCUUCCAGGGACGAGGACGGGUCCCGUGAGGCGGCGCCCAGCACGCAUUUCAGUAACGCAGGGGUGGCUGUGCUGGAAGCUCCCAAAGACGGGAAGAGCAUUCACCAUGAGAGGGGAAAGAGCAACAUUUUGGAACAUGUGGACUUGGGUGCCUAUUACUACCGGAAGUACUUCUAUUUAAGAGAGCACUGGAACUAUUUGGGAGUGGACGAGACACUCGGCCCGGUCGCUGUGAGUCUUCGGCGAGAGAAGCUGGACGAUCAUAAAGAGCACGGCCCGCAGUACAAUUACAGGGUCAUCUUCAGAACCAGUGAGCUGAUGACUCUGCGAGGCUCCAUUUUGGAGGAUGCUGUUCCCUCCACAUCUAAGCACGGUUUGGCUCGAGGCCUGCCCCUAAAGGAGGUUCUGGAGUACCUCGUCCCUGAACUGAACGCUCACUGCCUCCGCCUCGCCCUCAACACGCCCAAAGUCACGGAGCAGCUGAUGAAGCUGGAUGAGCAAGGGCUGAGUUUCCAGCUGAAGGUAGGGGUGAUGUAUUGUCUGGCUGGCCAGAGCAGCGAGGAGGAGAUGUACAACAACGAGGCGGCCGGUCCUGCGCUGGAGGAGUUCCUGCAGCUGCUCGGAGAGCGAGUGCGCCUCAAAGGAUUCAGCAAGUACCGCGCUCAGCUCGACACCAAGACUGACUCGACUGGCACUCACUCCUUAUACACCACUUAUAAGGACUACGAAAUAAUGUUCCACGUGUCCACCAUGCUGCCCUACACCCCCAACAACAAGCAGCAGCUGCUCAGGAAGCGCCACAUCGGGAACGACAUCGUCACCAUCGUGUUCCAGGAGCCCGGAGCCAAAGCCUUCAGCCCCAAGAACAUCCGCUCUCACUUCCAGCACGUGUUCGUGGUGGUGCAGGUGCACAACCCAUGCUCGGAGAACACCUGCUACAGCGUUGCUGUUGCCCGUUCCAGAGACGUCCCCGCGUUCGGACCACCCAUCCCAGAGGACGUGAAGUUCCCCAAAUCCUCCGUCUUCCGGGACUUCCUGUUGACGAAGGUGAUCAACGCGGAGAACGCCGCGCACAAGUCGGACAAGUUCCGCGCCAUGGCGACACGCACGCGCCACGAGUACCUGAGGGACCUGGCCGAGCGCCACGUCACCAGCACGCCGAUCGACCCCUCGGGCAAGUUCCCCUUCAUCUCUCUGGCACACAAGCGCAAGGAGAAGAGCCGGCCGUACUCGGGGGCGGAGCUCCGCAGCCCAGGAUCCAUCACCUGGGCCGUGUAUACGGAGGACCACAGCGCUGGAGGAGAACUCGAAGCCCUGCUCGCCAUCUCCAACGACUUCCUCAUCCUGGUGGAUCCAGAGGCCAAGGCUGCGGUGUUCAACUGCGCCGUUUGCGACGUCAUCGGCUGGACGCUGGGAAGCCCCGCCUCCAUGAAGAUCUUCUACGAGCGCGGAGAGAGCAUCUCACUGCGCUCAGUCAACAACAACACCGAGGACUUCAGGGAGGUCGUUAAACGCCUGGAGUUUCUGACCAAAGGCUGCGAGACGUCGGAGAUGACGCUGCGCAGAAACGGGCUCGGCCAGCUGGGCUUCCACGUCAACUACGAGGGCAUCGUGGCCGAGGUAGAGCCGUACGGUUACGCCUGGCAGGCCGGACUGCGGCAGGGCAGCCGACUGGUGGAGAUCUGCAAGGUCGCCGUGGCGACGCUCUCGCACGAGCAGAUGAUCGACCUACUGCGCACCUCAGUGACCGUGAAAGUGGUCAUCAUUCCGCCUCACGAGGACGCCACGCCCCGCAGGGGUUGUUCGGAGCUGUACCGCAUGCCAGUGGCCGAGUAUAAGGGAAGCAACGAGAGCGGUUCGUUCGAGUACAAGUUCCCGUUCCGCUCCAACAACAACAAGUGGCAGCGCACGUCCUCCAGCCCACAGCAGUCUCUCUCCGCCUCGCCUCAGAGCCACACCGGGACUCCCAACCGCGCCGUCAGCCUGGGAGCCAGCAUGGGCAAGACGCUGUCCGCCGAGAGACCGGAGAGAGCGGCUGCCAUCCCACGCAGCGUCUCCAGCGACGGCCGACCUCUCGACUCCAAGAGGAUGUCUCCCGGCUCGGAGAACUAUGCCCUGGCUUCCUCCAUGGCGAUGGCUCGACCCACUCACACCCGCAGCUCCCCCAGCAACCUGUCCUGCUCCAGUGACACCGGCUCGGGCAGCUCAGCCCACUGGAGGCAGAAGUCCAUGCCUGAGGGAUUUGCCCCGAACAGACACUCUCCUCUCCCGCCCGAGCGACAGAUGAUGGGAGACGGCAGCGGCAAGUCCACCCCCAGCUGGCCCCGAGUGGACGACUCGGAGAGAGCAGCAGCAGACGCCCCUGUCAGUAAAUCGGGACCGUCGUACUCAGGUGGCCCACGCAUCCAGAGGCAGGAGCAGGUCAUUCAUCUGUCACCUAAGAAGAGCAGCCAGUCUGAGGGUCCGUACUCCCACUCGAGCAGUAACACCCUCUCCAGUACAGCCUCCAGCGGCGCUCACAGCGAUGACAAGUGGUACGAUCUGGGAGGUGGAGGUCAGGGAGACGUCGCUGACUCCGAGCCCAACGGUCUUGGCGGAGGCGGAUACCUGCAGGGCUCCUCGGCAGACAGCGGCAUCGACGCCACCUCCUACGUGCCCCAUCACGGCAGCGCCAGCUCAUUGCUCGCUGUGGGCACCUCAGCACCCCGGGAGAGGGUCGCGUCACCGUGGCACGGGCCGUCUGAGGGAGGCCGGCGUGUGCUGGAGCGGUCACCUCCAGCCGCAGAGUCACCUGUCGCUCCUGCAGAGGCUCCGACCACACGCAGUCCUCCUACACAUCUGCUAAUGCGCGACAGCAGCUCGUACAGCCUCAGCGACAUGGCCUCACACUCCAGCUCACGUCACUCAGGCAGCCCCGGAGUCCUCAGCUCCAGUCACAACUCUCCCCGAGACGAGUCUCCCUCCGCCACCUCGCCCUCUUCCUCCUCUCAGAGCUCGGUCUCUCCCGGACCCAAGAGCUUCUACCCUCGCCAGGGAGCCACCAGCAAGUACCUGAUCGGGUGGAGGAAGCCGGGGAGCACCAUCAACUCUGUGGACUUCGGAGACACUCGAAAGAGGCCACAGGGUGAGGGAGGAGUGGAUGGUGGACCGUCUCAGACUCGGCCCUCUCUCAGAGACCUGCACUCUCCUCAGCCGCUGGGCAAAUCCACUGUAGAGGAGGAUCUGAAGAAACUCAUCACCCUGGACAGCCCUCCUGCCAUCCAUCACGACGACAAGUCUCUGCAGCCGUCGUGCUCGGGCGCGAGCGGUACGGGCCGGCGCUCGCUGCAGCGCACCCUCUCUGAUGAGAGUAUUUACCGAGGCCAGCGCUUGCCGUCACUGGGAGAUGCGGUGCUGGAGCAGGCGCUCGCCAGCGACGUGCUCUUCAGCUGCUCCACCCUGCCGCGCUCGCCCACCACCCGCGGGGCCCCCCUGCGCAGACCCUCCUACAAACUGGGCAUCAAGAUGCAUGGUGACCUCUCCGCGUCUGACACCUCUCUAGCAGACCUGCACGAGCGCCAGAGGUUGCCAUCUCCAGAGCUGGGCCUCAUGCCCCUGCCUGACACGGACACGGACAGCGGCCUGGACUGGAGCCACCUGGUGGACGCCGCCAACGCUUUCGAGGGUGAGGGGAGACCCCCACGCAUCCAGAGAAGUUUCAUGUUCAGUUCUCAGGACAUCAGUCACCGUGGUGAGAGUGCUGUGAGCUCUCAGCAGCUGGAGCUGCAGCCUGUACCCCACUCCCGUCUCUCUCCCAGUGAUAUUCCUGUGGGUUUUGCUGGGAAAGUGUCUCAGCUUGAGGCUAUGGUGAAGAUGCUGCAGGACGACUUGAAGAAGGAGCGAGAAGAGAAGCUGAAGCUUCAGGCUCAGAUCAAGCGCCUUUGGGAGGACAACCAGAGGCUCCAGGAGGAGUCUCAGAACUCAGCGGCCAAGCUGAAGAAGUUCACCGAGUGGGUCUUCAACACCAUCGACCUGAACUGAGAGCGCUGCCGGAGCAGCCGCUCCAUCACCCAGCUCCACCCGGGACCAACACGAGCACCAAUCAACACUCCAACACUUGUUCCAUCGAGCAUUCCUGGAAGCGAGUCAGAAAGAUGGCGCAGGAGCCAUCAGUCCUUCUCCAAACCCUCUCAUCAUGUUUAACAAGAGAACCAAUUCGUACUUCUCUGACGUUCCCUUCGGAGGUUCCUCAGAGCCAAUCUGCAGGGAUGAGCGGUUCCGUCACGUGCAUCACGACUACGAUACUCCUCAGAUCGAGGAAGAACGUGAUGAGUCUUAAACGUGACGAGUUUUUUUUGUUUUUGUUUUUGUUUUUGUUUUUUUGUUUUUUUGUUUUUUUUGAGCUUUAAGAGCCAUGUGUGUGAAAUUUCGCUGGGUCACUGUGCUAUUCGGAGUUGGUGUGUGUAUUUUUCUUUCCCCUUCUCUCUUUAAUUAGCGAGGCUGAUGGUGUAAAUCUACAACGCAGCAGCAGUACAAUCAAAAAACGAAACAAAAAAAAAAAAAUGAAGGAAAGAAGCCACAUAUCUGAUGAAGUAUGGACUCAUCUUGGCUUUUUUUUUUUUCCCUCUCAAACAAAAAAGCAAUAGACUGAUGUUCUCAAUGCGUCAGCUUCACCGGACUGUAAUAAUACUAAAAUCUCACCAUGACGGAUUCUUAUCUUACGUAAAGCAAUCGCAGGUCUGCGGUACGAACGCUGAAAACUCUAAAAGACCAGUUUUUUUUUUCUUUUUCCUCUCUUUUUUGGGAACAACUCUAAUUUAUUCCGUUUGUAUUAUAAAUAAAUAUCCGUACAGUAGAACGUUAAUGUUUAUUUUCCAGACAGAUGCUCAUAAUUUAGGUGUAUUAUUAUUAUGAUUAUUAUUAUUAUUAUUAUUAUUAUUAUUUUGUACAUUUCAUUUCAGCCUGAUGCCGUUAUCUUCCGCGUGCUUUGUGGUGCCCUAGCCUGCUGUCGUCGUGUUGCCUUAGUGCCCUCUAGUGGUGAAAAGUGAUCGUUUCACUUGCUACAAUCUAUAUUUCAGUUUAGAAAAGGAAAAAAAAAAAAAAAGCGUUCAUCGUUUCCUCCUUUUGCGUUUGUGUUAAUGGACUCAGAGAUCAAGCUCAGGCUCAGUGUGUGCGCGCGAGUGUGUGUGUGUGAGUGUUUGUGUGAGAGUUAUUCGGUUAUGGAGUUAUUCUGACGGAGAUAACGGAUCAGCACAGGAAGCAGAUUUCUGGUUACGUGAGCGUUAAGUUUCCGAGUGGAAAUUGGGGAAAUUGCGGGACAAACCGCAAUUUUUGUGCGGUCAGAGUGCCUGAGUGUCUGCUCAGAGGAAGGGCUUUAAUCAGCCGAUAAUCGAUACAGCUUAACAGCCUGUAAUCUCACUCCUGCCUCUCAGCGCUGGGCUUUCUCUCAUCAAUCUGAUAUACACACCACCCCACACACACACACACACACACACACACACACACACACAGAGAGACCCCGUCCAAACUGGCUGGCCUUGCAAAGGUCAAACUGUAAAGGACAUACACACACACACACACACACACAGACCCCUUCCAAACUGGCUGGCCUCACAAAGGUCAAACUGUAAAGGACACACACACACACACACACACACACAUUCAGGUGUGUUAAUGACCCAAUACUGCAGUAAGUACACACACAGGGCUGUUCUGAGCUGAAAAGGUUCACAAGCAACUCUAUAAAAAAAAAAUGUAAUAUUCAGCAGUGAAUGGAGAUUAUUGAUUCUGUUCUAAGAAUCAUUUGAAUCGUUUGAAUCGUUUGAAUGGUUGAAUCAUUUCUGGCUACCAGCAGCUAAAUGAACGAAUCACGUAGAACUCUAAAAGCCCUGAGAAAAAAGAAAAAAAAGAAAAAAAAAAAACCUCAAUCAAUUCAGGUUUGUACAUUAUAGAGAAUCUAGAGACCGCGUGCCUGAGUGAGUUAACGAUAACGAGUCGUGCUUCUCCUUUUACUCUUUCAGGAAGUUUUAAAUAAGAGCUUCUGUUCUGUGGAACUUGAACGCUGACAAAAAAAAUGUAUUCACGAAUAUGAAUUUUGUAAAUUUAAAAUUAUGUACACGCCACAUUAAAUAAUUUUUUUUUCAAGUGUGUGGUGUAUUUAACAAACAAUUUUCGCCAUCUUUGUUUUGAACUUGCUUGGGGUAAGAUUUGUCUUUAAAAAUAUCAUAGCAUUUGAAGUGAUGGGUUACGGUUGUGAGAUUUUAAAAAAAAAUCUGAACACUAAAUAUUCAAAAAUCUCAAAAAUUCAAAUAGCAAAACUACAGAUUUUAUGUAAAUUAGGCCAAAGGUGAAAAGUAGACGCUUUCAAAGCAGUCAAACAAAAAAAUAAUUUUAUGUUCUACUCAAACAGCGAGUUUUCUGCAGCGAUGGUGAACGCUCGAUGCUUAGCGUAACUAUUUAAGUAACGUUCUAGCUAGUUUCGCUGCACUAACGUAAUCGUUAGUGGCCAAAGUUAGUUAGGAAUUUAUUUAUUUCAGUAGAACAUAAAGCUGUAAUGGAUCAUUACGGUUCAUAUCUAACAUUUUGACUGCACUCGAGUCUCUUUACUUCAUGGACGUGAACAUGAGAGACGACUGUGAUGUGGCUAAAUCCCGAAAACAUCUACUUUUCCCUGGGAAUCCUGGAUGCUUCGCCUAUUUAUUUGCAUAAAUUUACAUAAAUUUACAUAAGAUCUGUAUUUGCAUGGCUUUUCCACUAGGUGGUGGAAGAUUUAUGUUUUCAGGUUGUUUGUGUGUGUCGAGUGUUUGUAGGAUUUAUAUGGAGCUAUUAUCGAAACCAGCAGAUUAGACGGAUUAGAUGUUGGAAUUGAUCCGGAAAGCGUCAAGGUCACAGCAAGGUCAAAUAUAUUUCUUCAACAACUUCCUUCCUGUUUGAAGAAUUAAAUUAUAAUGCAUAUUUGUUAGGUCUAGUCCUGCAUUUUACUGUUGGUGGUGCUGUUGGCGUUGAGAUCUGCUUGUUCAGAUUUAUUUAUUAAAAUUUUUUUUUUUAAAUCUCAAAACCAUCAAUACAUUAAUUUGAAUUAUAUUUUUAAAGGCAAGCUAGCAAAGUUUAAAAAAAAAACAAAACAAGCACUGGCAAAAAUUUAUGUAAAUUUAGAUACACCACAAAAAUGAACGGUAUGUCAUUUAAAUAUACAGAAUUUAUAUUUGAAUACUUUUGUCGGGUUUUAAGCUCCAUAACUUUUGUUUACUCGUCACCUUGUUCAAUAUUCCACUUCAGAUUUCUUUGAAUGUGAAUGUUAACUAUCUUUUCUUUUUUUUUUUUCUUUUUUUUUUUCAGUCAGAUUUCCAUUUUAUUUGCACUGUAAUUUUUUUUUUUUUGUAUAGAUUUAUAAUUAUUGCUAUGUUAACAGUUGAUGGAGCCUCAUAAUGUAAACGUCUUAUAAUCAGUCAUCAUCACGUGUGACAGGGAGAAGACGGUCAUCCACCGAGCCCUCGACCCUUCUCCCCGGAUUUAGACGUGUUUCAAAACGGGAGUUGUGUUUCACUUCAAUGAUGUGCACAUUUCUUAAAAACAACAAUCAAAAAAAAAAAAAAAAACAACAAGAAGAACGAAGCAUUAUGUAUUUAACAAAUGAAGAAGUACUGUUUAUAUUAUUCUGUUCAUUUUAUUUGUAAAGUGUAGAGGUAUAAAGAAUCAAUUUCCCAGUCAUCAUAACAGUAUUAAAACAUUUCUUAAAUAAAUUCAGGAAAAAAAAAAAAAAGAUUUGAGG